AUGUACCCGAGUUCCCGGGGAAGUACAGAGAUAAUGUACCCAAGUUCCCAGGGAAGUACAGAGAUAAUGUACCCGAGUUCCCAGGGAAGUACAGAGAGAAUGUACCCAAGUUCCCAGGGAAGUACAAAGAGAAUGUACCCGAGUUCCCAGGGAAGUACAGAGAGAAUGUACCCGAGUUCUCAGGGAAGUACAGAGAAUGUACCCGAGUUCCCAGGGAAGUACAGAGAGAAUGUACCCGAGUUCCCAGGGAAGUACAGAGAAUGUACCCGAGUUCCCAGGGAAGUACAGAGAGAAUGUACCCGAGUUCUCAGGGAAGUACAGAGAAUGUACCCAAGUUCCCAGGGAAGUACAGAGGGAAUGUACCCGAGUUCCCAGGGAAGUACAGAGAGAAUGUACCCGAGUUCCCAGGGAAGUGCAGAGAAUGUACCCGAGUUCCCAGGGAAGUACAGAGAAUGUACCCGAGUUCCCAGGGAAGUGCAGAGAAUGUACCCGAAUGAAUGA